UCUGGCACACAUUUACUUCCAUUGAAAAGAGAUGUAGACCUAAACUUCAUGUGUCCUUGUGAUUUGCAUCAAGUCCCUUCUUCCUGGCACUCGAAAAAUGUAAACAGCAUGUGGCACCUAGUACAGUCUUUGGCGCAACAAGUGUAACUGUCUCUUAUUGUUUGAGUAAUUACUUGGGUGAGGUUGGUGCAACUCACAGUAGCGGAAAUGUAACUCCAAUUCAUUUCUUCAUUGCAUCUUAUUACGGCUGGAAACAAUGAUGAUUCUGUUAAAUUCUUCACAAAAGAGUAAAUCAGUAUGCUGGAGAAAUGCUUCAGGGAAUACAUUCACAGUGCGAAUAUAACUGACUCACAUAGAGAUCCCAGAGACUAUACAAUUUAUGCAAUGUAAUCGCAGAUGACUGCUAGAACGAUCUUUGGCGCAACAGUUGAAGUACUGCCUCUUAUUUUUGUAACGUUGGAGUACAGAGGCGGGACUGACGAAGAAAUUGAAGCAUUGACCUAUAAAGCCAGUACACGGAGCUUAUCGCAUCUCAUUAUGGCGACAAACAAGGAUGAUUUGCCUGAUCGCUUCAUGCAGGAGUACGCAAAAAUACGAGAUAGAUGCUUCAGUGAUUGCAAACACUCCACAAGAUUGUAUUCGGAGCUAACCCCCUUAGAGGUUUGGUGUAUAAAAUACUGCAUAGUAAAUCGAUUCCGGGAAGUAGUGAAGGCAAAAACCAAAAAAUCUGGAAAAUUAGAUAAUUAA